GGGCACUUUAGUUGGGUGCUCAUGAGAAUAAGCAUGGAGUCGAGAAGAUAGACUCUUUCACCAAGCGCGAUUUCCUUCAAAGUAUCGAUCUGAAUAAAGGAGACAUGGAACACCCAACUUGUAUUUUGGAGGAAAUGAAGCAGUUUGUCGUACAUGAUGCACUACCAACAGUGUAUUACAUCCCAGAUUUCAUAUCAGAGGAUGAGGAGUCCUACCUUCUACAGCAGGUGUACAAGUCUCCAAAAACUAAGUGGACUCAGCUGUCAGGCCGAAGGCUUCAGAACUGGGGAGGGUUACCACAUCCCAAAGGCAUGCUGGCAGAGAAGAUUCCUGACUGGCUGCAGACAUACUGUGAGAAAAUUUCCUCUCUGGGUGCGUUCAGUGGGAAAACAGCCAAUCAUGUGUUGGUGAAUGAGUAUAAACAAGGAGAAGGGAUUAUGCCCCACGAAGACGGCCCUUUGUACCACCCUACAGUCACCACCAUCAGUCUGGGCUCUCACACCCUCCUUGACUUCUACACACCCGUCAGCAGCCUGGAGGGCGAUGCUCCGCAGACGGAGGAGAACCGUUACCUGUUCUCCCUGCUGGUGAAGCCGCGCAGUCUUCUGAUCCUGCAGGAUGACAUGUACCAGCGCCUCCUUCAUGGCAUCCAGGCCUGCGCUCAGGACACACUGACAGACAAGGUGGUGAAUCUGUCGGCUGCCGGGGCCCUGCCAGGGGACACACUGACCCGAGACACAAGAGUGUCACUGACUAUACGACACGUGCCCAAAGUCAUGAAGACAAAGUUUAUACUGGGAAGGAAAUGAGGAAAGACUGAAUGAUGACCUGAUAGUUUGUUGCAGUAAAACAUUUACAUACAUAAUGUCAAUGGGUGUGUAAUCUAGGCUGCUUUAUGAAUUAUUGAAUUGAAUUACAUUGCACGUCUACAAUGGAUCACUUCUAGCUUUUUGAAAGGCCUGAGCUGCCUCAAGUGAUCUCACUGUACCUCUGAAGAUGUGGUAGCUUUUUUCUUCCUUAGUUUUCAGUAGAUAAAUGAUUGUCAGAACCAGAAUGAUUUUUUUUGAUUAAUGAAAUACUUAAUACAGCAGGACAUGUACAGCAUUACAUACAUAAAAUAGAUAUGAUAUAAUAAUAUUGGUUGUGCAUUGUUUACUUUAUGGAUUUACUUAACAAAAAAGCUCAACCAAUCCAUCAGAAUGGCCAAUAUUAUCAGCUGAUGUUAGCUUUGCACAGAUAUAUUGGUAUCAGCAUGUGUUUACUAAUAAAUAACAUGAAACUGCAGCACACAAAGGCCAACGAUAUGAACGAGGUUCAUUUAGAAAACAGUGUCAUUCCUAGUUUGUCCACCAGAGAAUAGUGACAAGUUUAUUUUUACUCAAUACAUAUCAUUCAUCAUCACAUUCUUCAUCACAACUCUUUAAUGACCAAAUUUGAAGGGACACACACCACACAUUUACACAUGAAAUUCAGUUUACUAGUCAGGUGGUGUGCCAGACAGCCUAUGGAAGCAGUUGUGUAAUGUAUUCACUUUGUCAUGUUUGAGAAAGUAAGGGACAGAAGUUGCAUUAUGGGAAAUGUAGGAUCCAGUGUUUUCGGAGCCUGACCCAUGCUAGAGAGUAGAUGUCAGGAUAUCUCAGCCUCUGCUAAAUCUGUCUCUUAAGAAUCCAUCAGCCUUAUGAAAGCACUUAAUUUAUCCUGUAACGGUUACUCAUCAAAACUGUUUAUCUUACUAGAUUGUAAUCAUACUUUUUUUUUUUAAAACUCUGAUAUGUAAUAUCGGUUUCUGCCUCAAACUGUCAGAGUCAGCUGGGCUCUGCUAUAAAUAUCUACCUUGCAAAGUAA